AUGUUGCGUUACGCGAUCUGCUUAAUUGUUUUCGGUGUUGUUCUUGCUAAAUAUGAGUUGUAUGAAGGACAUGCUGUGUAUCGCAUAUCCGUGAAAACGGAAAAACAAGCGCUGAUACUGCACAAUUUGGAGGUUGCAAACAGUUUGGAUUUCUGGCAGCGAGCAGCGCCGGGCAAUGAAGCUAUAGUGCUGGUCCCGAAGCAACAACGCCCCUUAGUCGAAGCCACACUGCUGUUUCAUGGCUUGAAGUAUUCUAUAGAAGUGGAAGAUGUUAAGCCGUACUUGGACGCUGAACACGAAAAGCUUAGCAAAUCCGAUGUGAAAAGCAGGUCUUCACCUGCCAGUGGGAGCUUGACCUUUGAUAAGAUUCAUACUUUGGAAGAGGUGGAUGCGUACCUCCAGGCAUUGACAGUGAGAUUUCCAACACUCGUCACUUUAGUAACAGCCGGGCAAAGCUUCGAAAACCGACCCAUCCGGUACCUGAAGAUCUCUACUACCAACUUCCAGGACACCAAUAAGCCAGUAGUAUUCAUCCAAUCUUUACUACACGCCCGUGAGUGGGUGACUCUGCCAGCCAGUCUUUACGCCAUCCAGAAACUUGUUACUGACAUAACUGAUGCUGAUCUGGUGAACCAAAUUGAUUGGAUAAUUCUGCCAGUUGCCAACCCUGAUGGAUAUGUUGCUUCUCAUGGAGAAGAAAGAUUCUGGCGUAAGAACCGAGCCACCGGCUACAUGCCUCUUGACAUUUGCUCUGGCGUAGAUCUGAAUAGGAACUUCGACUACAAUUGGGGUCGGUGGUCUAGCGACUUUGUCUGCACCGAAGUCUUCCACGGAAGAAGCGCAUUCUCCGAACCGGAAACCCAAGCUGUCAAAACCGUCUUUGACCAAUAUGGCAACCGGACCCAGCUGUUCAUAGACCUCCACAGCUAUGGCAGCAUGAUCCUCUACGGUUACGGCUCAGAAGAAUUACCAUCAAAUGCCUUGACUCUUCAUCUGGCCGGUGUCAAUAUGGCUCAAGCAAUUGACGCGGUUAAAGUUGCCCAUAACAGAGAAUAUAGAGUGGGAAAUUCAGCUAUGAUUAUGUACAAGAGUUCAGGUACCACCAACGACUACGCCCAGUCUAUUGGCAUUCCUCUAUCUUAUACCUUUGAGCUUCCAGCAUCCAGAAUAGGCUUUCACGUUCUAGGCUUUCUCGUAGACCCUGAGUUCAUUGAACAAGCUGGAAUCGAAACUUGGGAGGGUAUUAAAACUGGAGCUAGAUUCGUACUCAGAAACUAA